AAAUUCUUCGUGACAUCCGGGCUUAAAAUUUUUUUCAAAAUUCUUUGUACAUCCGGCCUCAAAAUUUUAAAAUUUAACUUAAAAUGUAUCAAAGAUCUGCCUUAAUUUUAAGUCGGUACAUACAGCCCAUCUUUAAACGGAACCAGCACCUCAAGGUACUUGCAAACUUACAAAAGAAAGACAUCUGCAGGCCCGAUGGGUUUCCUUAUCAGAGAUCUAUAAAACUUGACGAUGGCUCGAUCGGAGUAAUCCAUAUGCAGGAGCAGAAAUGUUCUGCAGUCGCCAAUCCGAUGCAACGACAAUUCCUGGACGAUCUGGAGCAGCAGCAUGCCCAAAGGAUCGGAUGGAGUCGGUGGUUAAAGGAAGAAAAAAAAAAGCAUGGGGUUCUUGAAGAGGUUAAAAGAGAAAGCCAGAAGCUGGCCAAAGAUGUCACAAUGAGUGGAGACGAUGGCGAUUUAAAAGCGUCCUGCAAAGAAAUGGCCAGAAAGGAGAAGUUGAAAAAGGAAGAAAUAAAGAAGAAAUGCAGGGAGUUGGCAGCAAGAGAAAAAUGUGAAAAAGAUAGACUCAAAAAAAAGUGCAAGGAAAUGAAGAAAAAAGAUAAAUGUAAGAAAAAAAAACCUUGCCCAGAACCAGAACCAUGCCCAGAACCUUGUCCAGAACCUUGCCCUGAUCCUUGCGCAAAAAAACGCAAGAAAAAAGACCCUUGCAAGAAAAAAGAUCCUUGCAAGAAAGAAGAUCCAUGCAAAAUAAAGAAGGUUGAUAUGAAAAAGAAGUGCAAGGAGUUGGCUCAAAAGGCAGAAUGCAAGAAACUGGCCCAGAAGGAAAAGAUGAAGAAAAUUAUGAAAAGUUGCAAGAACUUGGCCGAGAAAGAAAAAUGCAUGAAGAUGGCUGAAAAAGAGAAAUGCAGGAAAAAAGCCAAGAAAGACAAAUGCAAGAAAAAGUAAAUGACCGAUUGAAGCCGCGGAUCCAAAAAAAAAAAAUUUGAUGUCUUUAAAUAAUUAUUACAUUAUGUGGUUAGGCUAUUAACUAUGAAAUAUUAUAGUUGUUAAAUAAAUAGCGAUUUGGACUGUCAGCUCGAAAAA